UUAGUGGUUCUUGGAAUCUUCCAUAAAAAAGCCAGCAAUAUUUCUUGGGGACAAAAGAGAAAAGGUUUAAAAAAGUUAUGUGAACACUUUUCAACCACUACAAAAGAUUUGAGAACUAGUUCCUUAAUCUUCAUCCAAACACCUGGCUAUUUUUAUUGCUUGUUUCUACUUUCUACGGGUAGUUUGUUCAAUAUAUAUAAGCUAAGAUGAAGGGCCAAAGGGAGUGUGUCUGUUUCACUAUUUGAAAUACCAGAAGGCCAAAAAAGGAUUCAAGAUACCCAGUUCCCUUUAGCAACAUGAAAUAUCAGUUCAUAUUAGUGCUGUUUUUCAUGUUAUGUGUAUUUGGAAAUUCAGACACAGAGAAGGACAAAGAAGAAUGUACGCAAUCAUUGAUUGGUUUAGCAACAUGUUUACCUUAUGUUACAGCUAAUGCACCAGCUCCUACACCAGAUUGCUGCACUGGUUUGAAACAAGUGUUAAAAGCCAGCAAGAAGUGUCUUUGUUUGCUAAUCAAGGACAGAAAUGAUCCUGAUUUAGGACUUAAUCUCAAUGUUACACUUGCUUUAAGCCUACCUUCUGUUUGUCAAGCCCCUGCUAACAUUUCUCAAUGCCCUGCUCUUCUCCACUUGCCUCCAAAUUCACCAGAUGCUCAAGUGUUCUAUCAAAUAGGUAAUGGUUCAAGUAGCAUUGCUAGCAGCCCGCAAGCAAAUAGUCCCACUCCUUCUG